AGCUCUCAUUUUUAUCCAUUUUUGGCUCAAGAAUUUUCGCUCCCAUCUUGGUAGCUGCCUCGAGCCAUGGCCCGCACUCUCCUCUGCUUGCUGUUGGUGAUCAGUUCCGCACCGUGAGCGAUUGCAUCGAAAGCAAGUGCCGUGGCUGCGGGGGUGGGGGGUGAGCAAUGCCAGCUGUGCCGGGAGGACCAAACGACAAUUUCUGCAUGUGUGUCGUCUUGCAUGCACAGCAUUUGCAAGGGCUGUGGUGGUGAGCAAUGUCAGCUGUGUCGGCAAAAUGCCAAGACCAUCGAGUCCUGCUGUUCUGAACCGGUGGCCUCCGUGACCGCAAACUUGGAGAUGUGCAAGGCAAAGGCACCUCAGAAUCCAUGUGAGGGUCUGUCCGGGGCUCAGUUCAGUCAAUGCGCUUGGGAGCAAGACGUGAAGACGUGCCUUGAGACCAACUGCCAGGGCUGCGGUGGCGAGCAGUGCCAGCCAUGCCGCGCUGACGCGCAGAAAAUCAACUGUUGUGAGGAUCAUCGUCAUUGGGACUCCGUGGAGCCACCGCAAAUGUGUGUCGAUGCCAAGGCGGAGGUGGACUCCAAGGACCCCUGCAGUGGGCUUUAUGGCGCCGAGGGGUUGCAGUGCGCCUGGGAAGAGGAUGCGAAGACCUGCGUGAAGAACGGCUGCAAGGGCUGCAGUGGCGAGCGUCAGCUGUGCCGACAAGAUGUGCAGCGCAUCGCCAGUUGCUGCGAUGAUCACUAUCAUUCCGUGGAGCCCCCCGAGAUCUGUAAAGACUCGAAGGAGGAAGCCGUGACCAGCUGCUUUGACAGCAAGUGCCGUGGCUGUGGCGGGGAGCAGUGUCAACUUUGCCGUGAAGACGCCAGGGGUGAGUGCUGCACUGGGGCCAUGAGGACUCCAUCCUGUGAAUCCUCCAAGGCUCUUCUUCCAUAAGUGAAGAACCGUGUACAGUUGCGUACAGUUGCCACUGAGGCUUGCAACUUGCAGGUGUGCUUAGACCAAUUUUGAGCAAGGCGAAGUCAUUGGCAACAAAUGACUCAGGACAAAAGUUCCUGCCGACAUGCAUAGCAUAGGUCGAACAAUUUUACCUUUUGGACCUGUCUGCAAGAGGUUCCAUUCCCUGCAGAUUCGGGACACAAUCUUGUAACAAAUAGAUACAAAUAGACGGUCAUGAGAGUCAAAAAAAAAGAAUGCUUGUAGCAUAGGUGAUCU